UGCAUGUGUUUGUGUUUAAUGGCGAUUUGUGAAGUGUCUGUGGAUUGUGUACACUACGUUCUAUUUGCAAUUAAUUGAAGAAAGUUAAAAUUUUGCAACUAAUAAAAGAUAAUUAGUGGUCUUAAAAUGCGUUCGGUCGUAGAAAUAGGUGCUAGUGUUCCAGCUUUUCUUGGGAAAUUAUGGAAAUUGGUAAAUGAUACGGAGACUAAUCAUUUGAUUUCAUGGAGCCCUGGAGGCAAAACAUUUGUAAUAAAAAAUCAAGCAGAAUUUGCUCGAGAACUUUUACCCCUAUAUUAUAAACAUAAUAAUAUGGCUAGCUUUAUACGGCAAUUGAAUAUGUAUGGAUUUCAUAAAAUUACUUCCGUCGAGACUGGUGGACUGCGUUAUGAAAAAGAUGAGAUUGAAUUUUCUCAUCCCUGUUUCAUGAAGGGGCAUGCAUAUCUUUUAGAGCACAUUAAGAGAAAAAUUGCCAAUCCUAAGACUUUAGUGACAAGUAAUGAGAGUGGCGAAAAGAUUCUUAUUAAACCAGAGUUGAUGAACAAGGUAUUAGCCGACGUAAAGCAAAUGAAAGGUAAACAAGAAAGUCUUGAUGCAAAAUUUAGUGCUAUGAAACAAGAAAAUGAAGCGUUAUGGCGGGAAGUAGCGAUUCUUAGACAGAAACAUAUAAAGCAGCAACAGAUUGUAAAUAAUCUUAUACAAUUCCUGAUGUCCUUAGUUCAACCGACGAGACCACCUAACUGCGGCGGUAAUAAUGUUGGUGUCAAAAGGCCUUAUCAACUCAUGAUUAAUAAUGCGGCACAUAAUUCUUCAACGGAUACAUCCCACCCUAGUAAAUCAAAGAACUUUAAAUUUGAUAAGGAAACUGUACCAGAUGAUUUAAAUGAAGACAAUUUGGAAGAUGGGCCCACCAUCCACGAGUUAGCUUAUGAUGACAUUCUACAUAAUGAAACGUCUCAAGAUACAUUGGAACCUUCUAAUUUCGUGACAGUAGAGUUGCCUCCUGGUGGAUCUGAAUUCUUUAGAGUACAAGUGCCUACAAGCGCAUCUAGUGUCAGUCCAGAUCCUACAGCAUCUUCGGAAUAUCAGGUUACAAUGGAGGACGGAGAAGAAACUUCUGCAGAUGGACCAAGAUCAAUGAGGUUUUAUCCUAUUUGUCGUACUAAUGGUACACUACCAACACCUGAAACUCCUGCAGCUGUAUCUCCUACAGUUCCUAUCACCACAGAACAAAUUGUGAGCAAUUUAAUGGCUUCCCCGGGUACUUCUAAAACAAAAUCCCGCACUAGUGGUAAUAAAAGUUCAAUCCUAAACAACAAGAGUUCAACACUAAAUAACAAAAGUGUAUUAAACACCUCUGACUUUAAUACAAUGAAUCCAUCAGCUGAUUUAAGACUACCUGCUGAGAUAUUUGCGAGCGAUGACUCUGUUAGUGAUGCUGGUGUAGCAUCAACUGAAGACUACAGUAUACAGAAUGUUUUACAAGAUCAAAUUAUUUCUACGGAGCUUCGUGAUCCUGUUGCUAAAGACAAGAUGCUUGGUGGAAUUAAUAUCAAACUGGAAAAGCCUGUACCCACAUCUAAGACAGAUUCAAAGAAAACAAAGAAAGUUGUCAAAAAUAAUGAUCUCAGUUUAAAUUUAGCUGACAUUAAGACAGAACUUCAGGAUGAUAUAGACUGGAACAAUAUGUCCUUGGCUACAGUGAAUAAUACCAACGUAAAUAGGUUUCAGAACCGGAAUAGGAGAGAUAACGUCGUCAAAAGUAGAGAAGAAUUUGCUUCUCUAUUUGGAACAAAUCCAAACAAGAACGAUAUCGAUGAUCAUUUGGAAAAUAUGCAGUCGGAUCUUGAUUCACUCAGGGAACUUCUGCGAACAGAUUCUUACGCCCUUGACACCAAUACUUUGAUGGGGAUGAACGAAUCAAACAUGGCGACACACCUCUUUCAACCUCACAGUCUACAACUUUUUGGCUCCGAAGAUCCAUUCUAUGGCCUCUCUUACAAUAGUAUGGAUGAUAGGGCGAAAACGUCGAAUGGUGUUGAAGGGAAUCAGCUAAUGUCAUAUACGGGGAAUAUUCCAGACUUUGAGCUAAUAUCCAUACCGGAGUUGGAGCCAGAUAACUCUCAAGACGCAUGUAUGUCGCCCCCCAGUACCACACUCAACACGCCCCAGGUGCAAGUCAAUUCGCCCAUGGAUGUGUUACGGCCAUGAGAUAAAAACAGAUAGGAAGAACAAACAUAUCACAGGAAGAAACGCUCUAAAAUAAAAGAGCGCAGCUGUGAUUAACAUAAGGGACAUCUAAAAUUGCUUUAAAGUGUGCAAAACUGUUUCGGCAAUACUGCUCAUUAGAAAUUAAUACAAAAUUUAUAUAUUUGUUAUUUUGUAUAAAUAAGGAUGACUGUUAAUGUAUAGAUGUACAGUUUUAAAAUAUUAUGUUGAUGAUUACUUAAAAUACUUAUAUGAUUUCCAAAUGUAAAAUGUAAGAGAACAGUUAUGAUUAGAAUAGUGUUAAAUUUAUUUUAUUUAAACGCGAAUUAUUUAUACGUAGAUGUCUUUGUAAAAAGAGAACUUCGUUCCAAAAAACGUUAAUUUGGAUCCUAUGGCAUACUUGUAGUGGUAUUCCUCUUUCAAAGGUGCUCUUAAGUGAAAUUUGUGUCCUCCAGUGAUAUUCAGGUUUUAUUUCGAAAUAUUAUAUAAUAAUAAUAUUUUAAUUAUUGUAACCAAUUUAGUUAAUAAUUUUUAUGUGUCUUUUAUAUGCAUUCUCAAUCCUAAUAUCCUCACCUGCAUAAAUACCACAAUUGCAGUAUCGCACUCAGAAACGGCAUUUAGAUUUGGACAAUAGACCUGAAUAUCAGUCCCCUACCAUACAUUGUCAGAAGGCUGUUUUUUUCCCAGAUUCAUGGUGUAUUUUUAUAGAUUUCACUUUUACGAGUUUAUGUGAUUAUAGAUGGAAUCUCAAUUAGGUCAUUUUUGUGUCCCGCGAAUUUCCUGAUUUUGCGGCCCGGAGUUAAGUUGUGAAACUUUUUUAGUUUCUUAUGUAUUUGGGAAUAAUGCAGGUUAACAUUAAAAGAAUAAAAGAUAUAUAACUAAGACCUAUCGAUCGUAGAGCAAAUCAGGCACGAAUGUAGCACAAAGAGCGACCGAAAGAGAUUUAAUUUUACUGGUAGCAGUGGUAACGUAAAUCUAAUGAAACCCAAAAAUAUUGAUCUCAUUUGGUGUCAUCAUAAGAUGUACAAGUUUUCAAGAUAAACUCUUUACAAUCACACAUUGUAACAAGCAAGAUCAAAUAUUUAAUGGACUGUUGUACCAUAGCUCUUAGUUCCUAAUCCGACCACGGGACGUAGUUUUCAUUGAUUAACAAUUUCAUUAUUUUAAUAACUGUACCUGUUGGUGCCCUUAAUCCCAUUAAUGUGGGCGUGAUAUGUGUGAUCACAGGCAGAUCUAGUUAAUACAUAGAUAUUACAAAUUAUCCACAAUUCGUAGGCAUAAUUUAAUAACUAACGAAUUUGUGCGUCAAUGAAAACAGCGUCUAAGGCAUAGUUACUGUAAAAAUGUCGUUUGUUUUAAUUUUUUUUGAAUAAAAGUGGAUGAAUAUUUCUGAUAAUAAGACUUUAACAUUCGACUUUGAUUGGACAGAGCUGUUAAGUAUGUAAUAUGCAUUUUUCAAUACCUAUCAAGAUUUAUUGUGGAUUAUGUUUGUUAUUGUUAAUCGCGAUGAACGCUAGAUAAAAUAGCAUAAUUUUAAACAUCUAUUUUAUAGACCAGCAAUUUUAAUUGUACACUCUUUACAAUUAAAAUAUCUUUCAUCACAUUUAGGCUGUAAUUGGACGCUUUCGGUGCCUUAAAGCCAACCAAAGUUUUAUAUCACUAGAUUAGUAAAUUCAUAAUAUAAAAAGAACUGAAAACCGCACUCGGUAUUAAUAUAACGAAAAUGUAAUUAAUUCACAGUAACAUCCUUCGAUAGUACAUAGUCAGCAUAGUUUGAAUGAAAUGCUAAAUUAAUAAAAUUGAGUUGCAAAUUAUAUAUGUGCAAUUGGUAAGUUAUUAUAUUGGAUAUACAGAAAAUAGGUAUUUAUUGAAAUAUUUAUGGCGCGAUUUGGUUUUUAGUUACCUAUUUUUUACUGGUGGCAAAGGCGUACCUUUGCAUACUUACAUACCUAAGUACCUAUCUAUGUUAUGUAUCUGACGCUGAUUGUAUUAACGUUAGUUUAUGUAAUUAAAUUAUGUAUUAUUUAUCAUUUAAAAUGGGAUAUUUUACCAAUUUCCUUGUAUAAAGUAUAUAUAAGUUAAAAACUACUGCAGGGGAGGGUUUUUAAUUGGCCUUGGGCUCGUUAUUAACAAGUCAUAGACGAAGCCGGCAUUGCUAAGCAAGCUCGUGUUUAUUUUUUUGUUGUUGAAUAAUUUAGUCUUCAGUAGAAAUGUUUCAAUUAAAAUGCAUUUCUGUAUUGCAGCAGUUUAAUUGAAAGGCGGGUUGGUAUUUAACUCUCCACCUGUCGUGAGGUUUCCGUUCGUGUGCUGCCCACAUCCCACCAUUUCAUACAUAUUUUUACAUUCUGCAUGGGUGAUAUCGACGUCUAUCAUGAUAAAAAAAAUGGAUGAAAUGAAGGUGGACUAGGCAGGCAAUUUACAACAUUCGACAAAAUGUAUCUCUUUUACAUAAUGUGAUCUAUGUCUAAAUGCAGAGCACUCUGCAUUGUUUUCAUUUCUAUCAGAGAUAAGUAUUGUGUAUCUAUAAAAUAGUAAAUCCCUUCGUUGGUUCAAACCACGAUUGAAAAUCCGCAUGAUUAGAAAAAGUCCAUUGGUUGCGGGGCUGGAAAUACGGCUCCUGCUGUUUACUUGUAAAGCCCCAGAGGUAAUUUAUAUCCUAAUUAAAUAAUCCAUUUCACAACACGUUUUUAAUGUUACUAGAAAUAGUCUAGAAGUUUGGAGAUAUCCGCCUGACAUCUGCAAAAUCUACAAAAUAUGCUUGAUAAAUUCAGUAUAUUAAUGGAUUACAACCGGGGAAAAUAUUUCAGGAUUGACUGAUUGGGUUUCUCGAUAUAUCCUUCGACGUUAAAAAUUAAAAUUUAAAGCAUCUGCCAGACAAUCCCUAAAACAAUAUUGCCUUUUUUGUUUUGAUAAUGGCAUUUUAUUUAAGUACUUUGACCAUAUCUUACCUUUUUGCUGAUAAUAAUUAUUAUCACUAUUAUUCAUUAACUAAUUAUUUUUACAUUAAAUCUACCUAACAUUAAUAGCCAUUGUAUAUAACAUAAUUCAGAAUCAUACUAUUAUGAACAAAGUUGUUAGUGUGUAGAAAGUAUAUAAGAGUAUACAUGGAUAUUUAAUUGUAAGUUAUUCAUAA